UCUCAUCAUCAUGUGCUGAAAAUCGAAAAUUGAAAAUUGAAACGACAUACUCUGAAAUGGGAGAUGAGCGACCACCAGCGUCUCUGCACUCCAAUUUCUUCUCCUCGCUAAAGCAGGUUGAGAAGAGGCUGAAACUAGAGGACCCAUCUCAAAAAUCCACUAUCUCACCGUCACCACUGCCAGAAAGCAGCAAGUUAUUAACAGAAGAUUCACUAAGUUCACCCUUAUACCUCCACUUGGACCAACCCAGCAACAAUCAUAGCUCAAACACACUGCAAGAUAGCAGUGAACCCCCUCAAGCAUUCCUCUCAUGCUCCCCUUUUUUCCCACCAACCCAAGAAAACCCACCUCAACCCAAAGCCCUGCAUCACUCCAAGACCAUCAAUGACACUGAAGCCAGCUCAGUCAAUGAUAUUGAACAGUUAAUUCAACUCUUGGGUUUAUCUCAUUGUCAAGAAGGAGAGGAAGAAAGGGCUGGUUUGGAAUUGAAGGGUGGUGAUGGUAGUGGUUUUGGUGGUCAUUCUUGUCAUUGUGAAGGUGGGUUUUAUGAAAAGAUUGUUGGGGUGAAGGGGCCAAAGUGUGGGAAAGAAGUGGAGAGGUUGGAAGGUUGGAUUAACUACUUUUUGAAUGGUGGUGGGGAGGGGAGCAUUGAGCCUUUCAGGUUGGCACAUUUGCUUUUGGGUAAAGCUGCUUUUGUUUCUGAAGGUGCUGAUCAUGGUUUUGGAGGCUUGGAAUUCCCUUCAACUAUUGGGGAUUUUUUGCUCAAUGAUCCACCCCCAACAGAUUGAUAAGCUUCAAAAGAGUAGACAGCACCUCAUUCAUGUUAGGUCGGUUGUCAGGAUUUGGGUUGGAGCAAACCAAGGCUAGCUUAAGCAGCUCUUCUGCAAUUUCCUCCUGUUCCUUGGAGAUAUUUGAGGCUAGCAUAGGGUCCAGAACUUGAAGAAUAUUCUUCAUUCCAUUUGCAAGGGCUUUCUCCACAAGUUGGUGCAAGCUCACUGGGAGCCCAUUCUCUUCCAUGAGUCCUGUUGGCCUCUGUUUUGUCAAGAACUCCAUCACUAUUAUACCAAAGCUGAAUACGUCUACCUUAGUCGUGACUUUCCUCAUGUAUGCAAACUCUGCAGAGACAUGUUAUAAGCAGGUCAGUAUCAUUGAAAGUGAUAACAAUGUAAGUUUCAGACAGAUUAAAGUUGGAAAUAAGGGCAAAACUCUAGAAGGAGAAAGACAUAUGUAAGGCAUCUGCUUUAAAUGUUAUUAGUGUUAAAUUAGCCAAAAGUUUUUUCAAAUGAGGGUGAGAAAGGCACAAACUGCAUUAGAUGAUAUCUGAGUUGCAAAUGACUUUGGUCUGUAAUAGAACUGGAGGUUGUAAAGCAUACGCAGGAAAGUUCCCCAUAGUAAAUUGAAAAGAAAAGGGCCAGCUUAGGUUUUUUGUU